GGGAAGGGGCUGGUUUUGCUCUGGAUUCCUGUCCCCGCGCUCUGCCUCCGCUCUCUGCUGGUCUCUCUCCCCGCAGGUAGCUGCCACCGGCCCCAUGGACGGGGCGAACCAGACGCAGGUGACAGAGUUUGUCUUCCUGGGAUUCUCCCACGUCCUGCAGGGCCAGGCCUUCGUCUUCCUGGCCUUCCUCACCAUCUACCUCAUCACCCUGCUGGGGAACUGCCUGAUCCUCACCCUCAUUGUGCUGGAUCCCCAGCUGCACAGCCCCAUGUACUUCUUCCUCGGCCACCUCUCCUUCCUGGACAUGAGCUACUCCUCUGUCACUGUGCCCAAGAUCCUUGUUAACUUUGUACGCCAGCGGGAGACCAUCUCCUACUGGGAGUGCAUGGCACAGAUGUUCUUCCUCAUGAGCUGUGCAGGUGCCGAGGCUUCGUUGUUGACCGUCAUGGCCUAUGACCGGUACACGGCCAUCUGCAAACCCCUGCACUACACCGAGAUCUUGAGCAGGGGCGUAUGCAUCUCCCUGGCCACUGUGUCCUGGCUCUGGGCCAUCCUAGCCUCAGCCAUCCACACCUCCCUGGCCACCGACGUCUCCUUCUGUGGAGCCAACCAGAUCCACCACAUCUUCUGCGACGUCCCUCCUCUGCUGAAGAUCGCCUGCAGCGACACCUACAUCAACGAGAUGGCUUUGCAUACAGCCAGUGUCUUUGUGGGAUUGAUCCCAUUUCUGCUCGUUCUCAUCUCAUACACCUACAUCCUGCUGGCCAUCCUCCGUAUCCGCUCUGACACAGGCAGGCGCAAAGCCUUCGCCACGUGUGCUGCACACCUGGUCGUGGUCAUCAUCUACUUUGGGAUGGGCAACCUGAACUACAACCGGCCCAGCGCUGGCUACUCCCUGGAGGUGGACACGCUGAUCUCCGCGCUGUACUGCAUCCUCACCCCCAUGCUCAACCCCUUCAUCUACAGCCUCCGCAACCAGGACGUGAAGGGUGCCCUGAGGAGGGCCCUGGGGUGGCAUGAGAAGGACAAUGCAUCCCCACGCACACAGCCAGGUGUGGACUAAGGUGAGGGCUGGGGGGAGACUCCUGCCCCAGCACGACAACAAGGGCUCAGCCUCGUGCUGAUGGGGAAAGUCCCUGUUUGCAUUUCUGGGAAAGAGUCAGAGCAAAGUAGAGGUGGAAGGGGCUUGAGAGGUCAUCUAGUCCCAUGCCCUGCUCCAGUGCGGAUCCACCCCGUCUACUCCAGCUCAGACACGCAUGUCUAGUCUGUACUUAAAGACUCGCAGUGAGUGCACCCUCCCUCUCGCUGGGACCUGUUGCUCCUAAGUUCCCCCCAACGUCUAACCUGUCUUGUCCUGUCCUCUCUCAGCAUAGGGAGCCAGGGAUUUCUACCCUCUUUGGAAAUGAACCUUUUUGUAUUUGAAGCCUACUGUCGAAGCCCCCGUAGUCCCUGUUCCAGACUAAAUAAUCCCAGUACUUCUGACCUGUCCUCCUGUGUCUUCAUUUCUAGGCCUCUCAUCAUUUCUUUUGCUUGCUCCUUUAGCCUCUCCACAUCUCUCUUAGGGCGUGCUACCUGAAACUGGACGCAGGUGAGGCCUCGCCUGUACUGAAUGGAGGGAAUGCCCUGCGUCCCAGUGGGUACGGCACUCCUGAUUAAGCAUUCCCAGUACCUAUUACUGGUUUUGGCAACACUGCCUCCUAUUUGGCUACAGGUCAUUGCAACCCUCACAGCCUUUCCGGCAGCCCUGCAGCCUGCUAUUAUGAGCCCAACUGAAAGCAGUUUCAUCUAAACAGUAUUGACAUAAAGGAAUCAAUUGAACACAAGAUUUUAUUGGUAUAUUUACAAGUUUAAAGCCACGUGGAAGCCAGCCAGUGCUUCAAUCAUUAUAAUAAAAUGCAUAUUAACACCUAUAUUUAUUGUGCUCACAAGUGAGGGGCACCAGUGGGGCUGUGGGUCAGGAG